ACACAGCUUGUGAGUCCAAGAUGGCGGACUGAAGACGUUUCAAAUUUACGACCUAAUACUUUUAUAUAUUCUCAAAAACUCGUCGUUUCUUUAAGCCCAUGAAACGGAAGAUGAGUUUGGAGCGACAGAGUGUUAGCUGACGUGAAGAUUGAAGACGUGAAAGAAGAUGGACGACUACUGCUAUGCUAAGAUGGCGACGUCAUGCAAAAGAGAAAGUGAAAGUGAAUCAGCGGGGAACAAGACGAUAACUGAAGACAAAGAUGAGCAAAUUGAAGUUUCCAACAACGUCAUUUUGGAGGCAAUCGUAAGCCCUGAACAGAGCGUGGAUGAGAAAUUAGCCGACUAUGUUGAAGAACGUAAACAAAGGACCGCCAUGAUUGUUAGCUUGAAGAAGGCAGUGGAGUUCACAUCAGAGGAGAUGAAAGAAUGCAAAAGUCAAAUGAAGAAAGUGGAAGAGCAAAACAAGCGCUUGUGUAAAGAAAAGAAUGAUGUGAAAGAAGAGAUGUUGGGGAAGAGUAAGAGAUGUGAAGAGAAGACUGGACCACAUGUCUACAUCAACGUGCAGAGGAUUGGAGACGUCCAGCAGAUGAUUGGUCAUCCAGAAGAAGUUCCACCUCAGCUGCUGGGUGAUGGCUCCACUUUGAGGCAAGAGCAUCCAUGGUCCCCCCACAUUAAAGAGGAAGAAAAGGAACUCUUAAUAACGCAAGAGACUAACCUCAACCAGCUGCCACUGACUGUUGUCUCUGUGAAGACUGAAGAUGAUGAAGAGAAACCACAACCAGACCACCUCUUAGCUCCACUAUCAGAUAGUGAGGUUGAAGACGACGUUGAAGAACCUUUGAGCAGCGAUACAGACUGUGAAGGUGAUACGAGGACUCACACAGACAACAAACACUCUGGAUGCUCAAAAACGAAAAAGAGAGAUAUAACAUCUUUGAUUUUCUCAGCUUGUGGCUCCACUCAUGAGAGCAAUUUGACUGGACAGAUGAGAACACACACAGAGGAGAAAUCAACUAAUUGUUCAGUUUGCGGUAAAAUAUUGUCAUGUAAGAAUAGUUUGGCAAGACACAUGAGAACACACACAGGAGAGAAACCUUUUAAUUGCUCGGUUUGCAGUAAAAGAUUUUCUUUGAAGACCAGAUUGACUGAACACAUGAGAACGCACACAGGAGAGAAACCAUUUAUUUGUGCGGUUUGUAACAAAAAAUUUACCCGUAAGUACUAUUUGAACGGACACAUGAGAACGCACACUGAAGAGAACCCAGUUAUUUGUCCAGUGUGUGGUAAAAGAUUUUCUUUGAACACCAAUAUGUCAGAACACAUGAGAACACACACAGGAGAGAAACAAUUUAGCUGUUCAGUUUGUGGUAAAGCAUUUCACCGUCGGGCAGAUCUGCCAAGACACAUGAGAACGCACACAGGAGAGAAACCAUUUAGUUGUUCGGUGUGUGGCAAAAGAUUUUCCUGUCGGAUAAAUUUGUCACGACAUACAAGAACACACACAGGAGAGAAGCCUUAUAAAUGUUCAGUUUGUAGUAAGAGAUUUUUUGAUAAUACCAACCUGAAAGAACACAUGCGAUCACACACUGGUGAGAAACCACUUGGUUGUUCAGUUUGUGGUAAAACAUUUUCCCGCAAGUCAGCUCUGAUUGGGCAUAUGAUAACACACACUGGAGAGAAAAAAUUUAAUUGUUCAGUUUGCUGUAAAAGAUUUUCCCGCAAAUCCGAUUUGCGGGAACACAUGAGUGUACACACCGGAGAAAAACGAUUUGGCUGUUCGGUUUGUGGUAAAAGAUUUUCUCAAAGCUCAUCUCUGACUGGGCAUAUGAUAACACACACCGGAGAGAAACCAUGUCUUUGUUCAGUUUGUGGUAAAAGAUUUUCCCAUAAAUCUAAUUUGAUAAAACACGUCAGAGUGCACAGAAGAGAGAAACCAUUCAGUUGUUCAGUUUGCUGCUUAAGCUUUUCUGACAGGAGAGUUUUAAAUCGACACAUAAUGAAUCACGCUGGAAAAUAAAACAUUUAGUUGUUCAAAAUGUGGUCCAAGAUGCUCGAGAAAUACACUUACCGUAUUUUCCACACCAUAAGCCGCCCUGGGUUAUAAGCCGCGCCUUCAAUGAACGGCAUAUUUCAAAACUUUGUCCACCUAUAAGCCGCCCCGUGUUAUAAGCCGCAUCUAACUGCGCUAAAGGAAUGUCAAAAAAACAGUCAGAUAGGUCAGUCAAACUUUAAUAAUAUAUUAAAAACCAGCGUGAUGUGGGCGCGCAUGGAGUCGUAUAUCAACAUGGACGGAGCUGCGUGAAAAAAGCCACCCGGCCUCUUCGCGUAAACUUACCUUAACCACUCGCUCAUCUUUUCUUCAUCCAUCCAUCCCUUCGAGUUAGCUUUUAUGAUGACGCCGGCUGGAAAGGUCUCUUUUGGCAAGGUCUUCCUUUUGAAUAUCACCAUGGGUGGAAGUUUCUGGCCA